AAAGGGGGGUAGAGAGUCCCUUUUUUUCUCCUAUCAACAACAGCAGUAGCAGCAACGUGGUGCUAGCUAUACACAUAUCUAUAGAAUAGCACCACUGCUAAUUAAUGAUAUAUACUACACCAACUCUGAUACGCUACUUGAAUAUAGCACUGCAGCAGCCUGGGUCAUAACAGGUUUCAUCAUUUACAGACCACCAAUACUAUUACCAUCAAUAAACAGUCCUACAACGAAGAUAGGUGUGUUACCUGUACACGUAACACCCACUACAAACUACCACUACCACUAACACCGACUCUAACUUUACUUACUACGACACUCGAUUAUUUACCAAGCACCAUCGCUCACAGACCCAGCUCGGUUAUCACCAGCCUAUCAACAAAUAACUGGGAUAUAACACUGCGGCACACCUCCGUUCGUAGCCCGACACUUUUAUCGCAUACUACCCAGGGUAUAACACCACACCACACUCUGGUUGUUAAGACACGCCACGCCACAGCUUUUAAACUCGAUACGCUUUACACUAUUUAAUUACAAACAGACCACUUAUAUACUACAUCACCUACAACACAACAAUAGCGGUUUGUUCAACCUGUAGACAGACACAGUACCACUACAAAUACAAAUACCUACACUACCCCAGUCACUUAAAAUCACACCAGAACAACAGCAGCUACCAUACGUAUUAGAAGACCGGCAACGUUACCACCGUCGCUACCACUUCUACCAUUUGAUACCAGUAAUUACCCAGUAGUGUUUUGUAUUCUUACAUCAUAAUCUUUGUCACAUACCUGAUUUCUUCUCAGCUACUGUGCACCAUCAGCCAGAAAGUAAGACCAGCAAAAAGAAUAUGCCUGCAUCCACAUCGUCGUCUAACCUUCCCUCAUCCUCCUCAUCCGAGUGCUUCACCGGCCCUGCUCCCGCCAUGAAACUGCCACAAGACGUCGGCAUCUGUGCUGUGGAGUUCUACUUCCCGAGCCUCUACGUCGACCAGUCUGAGCUGGAGAUGUACGACGGGGUCAGCUCGGGCAAAUACACAAUCGGCCUCGGCCAGAGUUGCAUGAGCUUCUGCUCCGACCGCGAGGACAUCAACUCCAUGUGCCUCACCGUGUUCCAGCGCCUCAUGGAGGCAAACGGUAUUUCCUACUCGCAGGUCGGGCGGCUGGAGGUUGGCACCGAGACUCUGCUCGACAAGUCGAAGAGCGUCAAGACGGUGCUGAUGUCCCUCUUUGAGGAGAGCGGCAACAGCUCGGUGGAAGGUGUCGACACGACCAAUGCCUGCUACGGGGGUACAGCAGCUCUCAUCAACGCUGUCAACUGGAUCGAGUCUUCAUCAUGGGAUGGUCGCUAUGCUGUCGUGGUUGCAGGAGAUAUUGCAGUAUAUGCAUCCGGCAACGCCCGCAGUACUGGAGGUGCCGCUGCUAUUGCAAUGCUCAUUGGACCAAAUGCACCGUUAAUAUUAGAUCAACGAGUUCGUGCUACUCAUAUGCAACAUGUGUACGAUUUCUACAAACCAGACAUGUCUUCUGAAUAUCCGACAGUGGACGGGAAACUCUCUAUUCAAUGCUACCAGCAUGCACUGGACAAGUGCUACCAGGAGUACACUCGCAAAGUGCAGCAGCAACACCUUAUAGAAAACUUCACUGUGGCUAGCGCCAAUGCAUUUGUGUUUCAUUCACCAUACUGUAAACUGGUGCAGAAAUCUCUGGCCCGGCUUGUACUCAAUGAUUUUCUGCGAGACCCCAAUCCCGACUUCAACGGAUUGUACAAUGGUCUUGAAGAAUUCAGGAAAAUUGAACUGGAGUCUACAUACUUUAAUAAGCAAGUGGAAUCUACGUUUGUGAAGUGCAGUGAAAAGGCAUUCCUUCAGAAAACCAAACCGUCUCUUUUUUUGGCAAACAGAAUCGGAAACAUGUACACUCCAUCAGUCUACAGCUGUUUACUCUCCUAUAUAAUGCACCAAUCACUUGCAGACCUACCAGGACAAAGAAUCGUCCUCUUCUCCUAUGGUUCCGGCCUGGCCUCUUCCAUGUUCUCCCUCCACAUCACCCAGGACAAUUCCAGUGGAUCUUCCCUUGAGAAACUCUACCACUCGAUAAGUGGCAUCAGAACUCGGUUAGAAUCUCGGGUGAAAUUCAGUCCCAAAGAAUUUGAGGAAACGUUGCAACUCCGCGAGAAGACACAUCAUAUCGCUCCAUAUGUUCCUAUUGGAUCCACAGAUCACCUGUACCCUGGCACUUGGUACCUGACUGAGGUGGACGAUAAACAUCGACGGAAAUACGCACAGAAGCCUGCCUCUCCUCUUUGUGAUGGUCACGCUAACAUGGAGCAGCACAUGGCACAGGGUUCCCAGAAAACAGCUACUGCAUAAACAAGAGAUCAUUGCUGCUGGUUUUUUUGUGGGGGGCUGUCAUUCUUUGUAUUAAUAUAUUAUAAAAUACAUACGAUAUAU